UUUAUAUUCAAUUAUAACUCUUUGGUCUGUUCAUACAAUGACAGAGCCGAUUAGAAAUAUCGGGUUAUUUUAUACUUAAAAUUUAAAAGUAGAUUAAAAUCAUACGCUUUUUAUGUUUUAUUUUGGUUUGUUUAAAACGAAAUGAGAUACUGUGUGGACACGGACAUCGUUGAUGUAUUAACGGACAUAAACCCUUACUAAAUAUGAUAUAUAAUUUUCCGGCUAUUGAAAACUUGAUCGAAGUGAUAAAAUUGACAAUUUCCUAUAUCAAUAGACGCGAGUUUACAUGUACAUGUAAAUACAGAUACAACAAAUUGGAUAUUUAAUCAGUACGUCAAACAACUCCGUGAACCUCUGAUGUAAAUACUACGGUAUAAAAAUGGGACUGCUUAACAUAAAAUACGUUUUAUCUACAGCUCUGUUUGCAUACUUAGCUUAUCAGUUUACACGACCUAUUGAGAUACGAGUGGUGGAGACUGUGAACUCAACCUAUGAUUACAUUAUCGUCGGCGCCGGAUCGGCGGGGGCAGUCCUAGCAGCGCGUCUGUCGGAGGACCCCGACAUCCGGGUUCUUCUAGUGGAAGCGGGAGGGGAAAAUGUCCAUCAUAAGAACUUCUCCGUUCCGGCAGCGGCUCUCAAAACUUGGGAGUCGCCUGCAGACUGGGUGUACCACACGACGCCGCAGACAGAGACGGGUUUCGCGCAGCCCAAUGGUCGCAAUGAGCACUACUGGCCGCGGGGAAAGAUACUCGGAGGAAGCAGCAUGCUGAACCUGAUGCAGUACGUCAGAGGAAGCAGGCAUGACUUUGAUGAGUGGAAGGAAAAAGGAAACGAAAAAUGGGGCUACGAAGACGUUCUUCCGUAUUUUCUGAAAUCAGAAGACAUUCAAAUAGAAGAACUGAAGAAUUCUAAAUAUCAUAAUUCGGGUGGACUUUUGACUGUUACCAAGGAAACCGAAAACCCUUUAGUGAGGAGAUUCGUCGAUGCUGGCAAAGAACUUGGUUAUGAAGAGGUUGAUUUCAACGGAGAGAAUCAGCUUGGAUUUAGUGUCAGUCAGGUAAACGUUAAGAACGGUGUUCGACAGAGUACGGCUGUAGCAUUUCUACUGCCUGUUAUGCAUCGAAGAAACUUGCAUGUUGCUGUUAAUGCACACGUAACUAAGGUCAUUGUAGAAGAACGUGUAGCAACAGGGGUGACAUUCAUCAAAGACAAUAAGGAAAUGACCGUCAAUGCAGAGCGGGAAGUAAUUUUGUCGGCGGGUUCUAUUGGUUCACCUCAAAUAUUGAUGUUGUCUGGCAUUGGUCCGAAAAAGCACCUUCAGAGUUUAAACAUCCCUUUGAAGGCAGACCUUCCUGUUGGCCGGAACUUGGAAGAUCACAUGUUUUCAAUCAUAUGCGGUCCGAUAAAUACAUCUGAGGCAUCUACAGAACCUAAAGCAACCUCUCUGAUAAGUUUUGCAAAAUACAUACUGUUUGGAAAAGGUCUAUUGUCAUCAACAAAUCUCGUUGGUAACGCUUUCUUAAAAUCGUCCAAAUGUGAAACGAAAUAUCCGGACUUGCAAAUUCAUAUGUUUGGUUCAUUGCCAGUAAAAGAGAUAACAAGAUACAAAUCCGAUAAAAUGUUGGACCUUUUUCCCAAUGAUUGGGUCGAUGGCUUUGUACUUUUGCCGAUACUGUUGCAUCCAAAGAGCAAAGGGUACGUGGCGCUACGAAGCACGGAUCCAUUUGAGCAUCCCAUUAUUGAGCCGAACUAUCUCAGUAACGAAGAAGACAUGGCAAAGUUUAUUGAAGUUUCAAAACGAACAAUGGAUUUACUCGAAACCAAGCCAUUUAAAGAAAUAGGAGCAACCAAAGAAGCUAUGAACAUUGCCGCUUGCAAGCACACAGUAUUCCUUUCUGACGAAUUCCACAAGUGUAUCAUUCAACAUUUCGCUGUAACAAUUUACCAUCCGACUUCCACAUGUCGAAUGGGUCCCAUAUCCGACCCGAACUCGGUGGUAGAUCCGGAACUUCGCGUGAAAGGAAUCGAGAGGCUUCGUGUUGUGGACGCUUCCGUCAUGCCGGGCGUUGUCUCCGGAAAUACGAACGCAGCGACAAUUAUGAUAGCCGAGAAGGCGGCCGACAUGAUCAGGAAUAUUGACUCUGUGCAGGAAAUUCGAAAAUACAUCAACGCUCGGAGUUGAAUGCAGAGUCGCCUUUAUAUUUCCUUAUUCAAUGAACAUGUAAUCAGAGCUACUUUUGCAAUAUUAUAGAUAGCAACUUGAUAUUUGGUAUGCAUGUGUAUCUCAUGGAGCUACACUGUUUGAGUGGUGAAAGGUCAAGGUCAAUGUCAUCCUUCAAGGUCAAAGGUGAAAUAUAUGGGGGACACAAGCGCAUCUUGUGUCAUAUUCUGGCUGUAAAUUUACAUCACUCAAUAAAUACACGCUCAGCAAAUAAACAUAUAAUUUUUCUACUCGAAAAUUUUGAAUUCAUAAAAAUUAUUGUCUUUGA